AUACUCACAAAAAUGCUCCAACGUCGAUUGUUUUCAACAUGUCGUGUUCUUGCCCAUGAGAAUCCACUGGGUCUACCCAAUCACAAUAAAGCACCUAAGAUUCCACGCGCUCAGCGAGGAUUACCAAAAAAGAUGCCGAUCGCUGGCGUGAAGAACGUCGUGGCUGUCGCAUCAGGAAAGGGAGGUGUUGGAAAGUCUACCACAGCAGUGAACAUUGCACUUGCGGCGGCUGGAUUAAAAAAGCGUGUGGGUAUUUUGGAUGCUGAUAUCUUUGGCCCUUCAAUCCCCUCGCUAAUGAAUCUAAAGGGCGAGCCGGAAGUGACGGAAAAAGGUGACAGACUAUUGCCACUGACAAACUACGGUGUCAAGUGCAUGUCGAUGGGGUUCCUCGUAGAUAAAGAAGCGCCUGUUGUUUGGCGAGGAUUAAUGGUGAUGAAAGCAUUGCAACAACUGCUACAUGAAGUAGAUUGGGGACAUUUGGAUUUACUCGUGAUUGAUAUGCCACCAGGCACGGGUGACGUACAAUUGACUAUCAGUCAACAAGUUGAAUUAAAUGGCGCUGUUAUUAUUUCUACGCCUCAGGAUAUCGCCUUAAUUGAUGCUGUUAAAGGAACCAACAUGUUCCGAAAAGUGAAUAUACCAAUUCUUGGUAUGGUGCAAAACAUGUCGCUGUUUGUCUGCCCCAACUGUAAUCAUGAGACACACAUCUUUGGUAAUGACGGGGCGGUAGAUAUGGCAAAAAAGAUGGACAUACCCUUUUUGGGCGAGGUCCCGCUCCAUGCUGACAUCUGUCAAUUAUCCGAUGCUGGCAAACCCAUUGUUGUAUCACAACCGGAAAGCGCAUUUGCCGGUCAUUAUCGAAACAUAGCCUCGAAAAUCCUUGAGAAACUCAAUUCUUAAUGUAUAUUUGUUUUGGCAUAUAAUUAUUAUUUAUCAAGUAAUAAAAAGAAAGCAGAAAAAAAAAU